ACCGUUUUAUCGUCACUCGACCGUUCUAUCGUCACUCGACCGUUCUGUCGUCACUCGACCGUUCUGUCGUCACUCGAUCGACGAGUCGUCACUCUACCGACGAGUCGUCACUCGACCGUUUUGUCGUCACUCGACCGUUCUGUUGUCACUCGGCGCAGAGCGUUCUCUCACCUCUAUCUGCGCAGUCGCUUGGCUCGAUCUCUCGCGGUCACUCGACUCGCUCCCUUGCGGUCACUCGACUCGCUCCCUUGCGGUCACUCGACUCGCUCCCUUGCGGUCACUCGACUCGCUCCCUUGCGGUCACUCGACUUGUUCUUCGCAGUCACUCGGCUCGGAUCGCUCUCUCGCAGUCACUCAGAUUGCUCGCAAGUCUCGAGCAUGACGUGAUAUCGCGAAGACACGUCCACCCGUGACGAUUUGAUUGUGAUGGUUUGCUCGUGGCGGUACGUUCAUAGAUGAUGUCUAUGGCGACUUGUCUUUGGCAGUUUGUCGAUUGACACUUCAUCCAUGACAACUUACUCCGGUGGUUCAGAACACUGUCUUCACAGAUCGUUCGCGCAACCAUCCCGGAGUAAGAAGUCUGAUCGGAAUCAGAAGUAUGUCGAUGACAACUCGCCCGAGACGGUCUAUCUAUGACACUUCAUCUAUGGCAACCUAACCAUGACGGUCAUUUCAUGAUAAUCGUCUGCGACAUAGGUAAAGCACUGAGUCCAUUCUCUUAUAAACCCUCUUCGUAAAAUUCAUUGAGAUCAACUCCAUCUCUCUCAACGAACUGGAGGACUUACUGUUGGACAUGGACUUUGUCCUCAACAAGGCUUAUAAGAUAAUGGGCUAAGGCUUAUAAGAUAAUUAAUGGGCUCAGCCCAUUUAAAAGGGGGGUCACUAGGAAACCCUAGACCUCUUCUUUCUAUAAAUAAGGAGCCAACCUCCUUGGAGAGGGCUCUUGGACUCUAUUUUGGUCUCUCAUCCAUCUCUAUCUACUUCUAGAGAGAGAAACACCUCUCCACUGAGAGGAGUUGCCUACGUACCCCGAAAGGGGAUCAAGCCAAUCGUAGUUUUACAACAAAGGAUCACAAGUGCUUAGGUGAAAACAACAUGACAAUGUCAGAAUCAGUCAGCUGUAAGGAAACGAUGCAAAGACUUUGGAUCAAGUCUACUAUAGCCCAAGAAGCAGAAUAAUUGAUUAAGAACUGUAUCAUCAGAAAAUUAAGACAAGAAAAGGAAGGUGGAUCUCAACUAAAUAUAGUUCCAUGUAUGCAAAAUUAAAGAUAAUUUCAGUCAAAAAGAAAAAACUAACAUAGUUCCCAUUUUAGUUUGUUAGACAAGAACUGCAAAAAGACCAAUGCUUUCGGGUUUCCACGUGCUUUUGGACGUAUCACCCUGAGAUUAGUAAGAAAAAUGCUAAAUUUAACAUUAAGACAUUAGAUCAGUUUAUAGACAAAUAGACAUGUUCGUUAAACUAGAGGCGCUCAAGCUAAGAGUUGUUUCCAUCCUCAACGAAUUCAGAUUUAAACAUCUAUAAAUAGACAAGCUAAGAUCUGAAAGUUUGGUCAUUUGUUUCAGGAAAUUGACCUUGCGAUAAGUGGUGCCAUCUUCAUCAACAACCCAACCAGCUUCACAACAGAGAGGUUUGAGAACCUCAUUGUUAUCACAAUGUUUGGGAAGAUUAUGUAGGAACUUUAUUUUACUACCAUAGGACAACUGAUAUUUGUAAAGAAUAAUAAGAACAUAAAUCAAAAUUACAAUACCGAAAUAUAAGAAUAAAUAAGAAUUGCAGAGUCGAGAUAGUUAAUCUUUUUCCUUAAAUCUUUAAAUGCCCUGUAGUGUGACGGUUUUAUGGCGCUCAGAUUCCUUGGAUACAACUGCAUCAUUGUUUCUGUUUACCAUCACUGAAAAACAGAAUCUAUCCACCCUAAUUUUGUGAUGUACUCUCAGAUUCAAAAUAAAAAAAAUAUACUAGCAUAACUAUUCUGAGUAGGAGAAUGUGAUUUGUUGUUGUUGAAAGUCUGUAUUUUCUAUAAUGCUUAGAUGCCAUUUUAUAGAAAAAUAAUAAGCACAAAUUUUAUUUUUCAACCCAAAUAUGAAACCUCGAUGGAGCACUAAUAGAGACUUUAAUUCUUGUCAAUUAGUAUGUGAAUUUAUUUUACAUUUUGACCAAAAAAUUAAAGAGUAAAAUUAUUAUUGUUUUGACCAAUUCAAAUAAAAUAAUAUACUUUAAAAUGAUUUUUUUUUAUAUUUUAUCAAUAUAAAAGAUCAACAUAUAUUUGAUUUAAGUUAAUGAAUACGAAGUCCAACUAACAAAUCAAAACACAAAUCCAAGUUCAAAUAUCCAAUGAGUGUAUUUGCUAUUUUGUACAAAUUUCUCAAAUGACACACAUUAGAGAUCCAUUUUUCAUUUAAAUAAAACUUCAUUUUUGACUUAUGAAUAUAUUAUUCAUGGUGUUCAAAAAAAUAGUUCCAACAUAUUAUAAUCACCUUGGGGGCUCUAAGACCAGCGUAUAUCUUGGCAGCAACAACUCUUCUCCUUCUUUCUCUCCUACGAUUGUUCUCCCGCUCCCUCCACGACGGUUUCCUCCUCGCAGCUGCUGUUGAUGUUGACGUAGCUCCAUCUGACGUCAUCCCCACACCAAAAAAAAAACACAACCCACUUCGAAAUCUCCGAGCUUUUGAUGGAUGGGGGUGAAGGCAGACUGAAGAAGAUAGUGGUCACGAGGUAUACGCUUUUCCUUCGCUGGAAUCGAAGAAGAAGAAUCUUUCUUUUCUUAUCAAAAUUAAUAUUUUUUAAAAGAAAAAAAAAGUAUAACAGUGGUUGAGUUCCGGUCGUGUGUUCGAAGAGAGGAGUUCACAUUACGAAUCAGUUUUUCUAAUUAUGUUUGACCGUCCACGUGUCAUGAAAUGGUUUCCGAAGGGUUAGAUUGGCUAAGUUGUACUUAAGGGCUGUAUUGAUGGGUGUACAGGAUAAAGCGUGUGCGUAGUCAAAGUGGGUCUCACUUUUCUGUGUGGGUCCCGUCCUUGUGUGACCCAAAACACACACCAUUUGAUUGGUUCUUUUCUAUCUGUAACCAAUGAAAUUAGUUUGUUCUGAAGAUCAUCAAAUGAUUAAAGCCGUGUUUAACAUCAGUGAUAUUUUUAAUCAAAGUCUCAAUGUUUUCUGGCAUGGAAUCUCACUCUCAGAAUAAAGAACAAAACUGGUCUCUUGUCCUGUUUGGUUUGUAUUGUAAAUUAUUCCAUUGCUUUUGACUUUUAUAACCUCCUUCUUAUUUAAAUACAAAAACAUUUCAUAUCUUAUUUACUUUUACUUUCCACAAUAUUUACAUGUCCACUCUUAAACUUUAAUAUCUGGUUUAAGUGGUUUAUCAACCUAGAUCCAUUAACACUCAAGCGGAUUUCUUUGCAAGACAAGCUCGAACAAGAAAUCAUGUUUUAUCAUAUGUUAACAUGUCGGUACCACAAUAGAUAGAUAUUCCCAACUCGUCCUUCAUGGAUUUAUACUAAAAUUAUUUUGUGUACUCUUAUUGUGAUAAGAAAACAAAAAAAGAAAUUUAAUAUCUUGUUGGUAAAUUAAAAAACUUCCAAGAUAACCUCUCUCUUAAUAUUUUGCUCUUCCUUUUCUCUAAUCGCCUUCCACUUUCAAGCUCUGUUUUUCCGGCCAACGCAGUGGGCUUCCACACCAAGGGCUUCGGUCCGGUUUGUCUCUUUGUUUUCUCUCCUUUCAUUUGUCUGUGUUUUUUGGUUACCAAAGCUUAGAUUUUCAAUAUCAGAUUUAAAAGCAUUUCUAAAUUAAGAAAGAUAGUUCAUUGAACUUUAUUUAGAUGCAUAAAAUAUAAAUGAAGAAACUUGAGAUUUGUCUUCAAGAGCAAAAUGAUUUAAUUAAUCUCAUACAAGGGUUUAGUGAGGCUGCUCUUAGAGGUAGCCAAGGUUUCAUCUCAUGAACAUAAUGAUUGAAAUUUAUAAGACAACAUGAGAUAAAAACCCUAAACAUAGUCUUGCUUAAGGCCUUGCUAGGAUAGUGAUGGGCUUGGCUUUCCUUUACAAGAUCUUUGACGAUAAAUCUGAAGGAUAGUCUCAGGUUCAACUUUUGGUGCUUGCAUGCGGCGAUCUUUUUGGUCUCUGACUGUGGUUAGCUUCUGUGCUGCCUUUAAUGUUGAUUUUUCUUUCGCCUUCUCAGCGAUCUCCCAUUCGGUUUCAAGAUUCGGUCUUCUUUUCAACGAUUUAUCUAUGGUUUGUCUUGUAUCACCUUUGGUGGUGUUGAUUUCGGGAUUAGAUAGAGUGCUUAUCCUUGAAUUUGCAUGCAAUGGGUCAGUUGCGGUGGUGACGGUUCUGCUUAUGUCAUGUCACAGUGUAGUUCUAGCUCGAUUCAAUGGAUUCAGUGCUUAGACUCUUCUACUUCAAGUCGCUGGAAGUCAUUUGGUUAAAUGAGUGUCCUCUCACCUCGUCUUCCAUGGAUUGUUCCAUGCAGGUAAAGCUCGUGGCUCCCUUGACGUUUUCGGAGCAAUAUAAUGAGUUAUGGCUUGGUCUUCCUCAAUAAGGUUGAUUGUUGUUCUAUGCUCAAUCAAAUCCAUCUUCCUGGUUUUCUUCUCCUCUUUCCAAGAUGUUACUUGUUUAUCUGAUCUGGUUAUCUUCUCCUCUUUCCAAGAUGGUACUUGUUUAUCUGAUCUGAUAUUUGUGUAAAUUUUGCUUUGUUUGUUCAUAUUCCUUUAUAGUUUGUUCUAGCUUCUCUUUCUUAGGGCUUUAUUCCAGAAGAACUUAUUCUUGCUGGCUUUGUAUCUUUCAAAUGCAUAUAUUUCCAUAUAUUCACUUUGAUGUUAAUAUAUUUUCAGUGUUUAAAAAAAGUAAUUUGUUAAUAUUAUUAGUUUAAAAAAAACUUGUUUAUUUGGAAUGGAUUAACUGCUUGGGCGUCCAAAAGAACACCUUUCAAGUUUAUGUCACAUAAAUGACAACAGGAAAUGAAAGUCACAAAAAUGACAUUCAUUAAAGGGUAAAAUGUCACUACUACCCUUGUGUUAUAAGAAUAAAAAAAAAACAAUUCAUUUCCUUCACUCGCGACUCUUCGAACCGUGUCGUCUCCGGCUCGGGAAUCUUCAAACCCUCACCGGCACUGUCGUCUCCGGCUCGCGAAUCAUCGUCUCCGGCUCGGGAAUCAUCGUCACCGGCUCGGGAAUCAUCGUCUCCGGCUCGGGAAUCAUCUUCUGCGGCUCGCUAAUCAUCUUCGCCGGCUCGCUAGUCAUCUUAUUCGGCUCGCUAAUCAUCUUCUCCGGCUCGCUAAUCAUCUUCUCCGGCUAUCUAAUCAUCAGCGUCACACUCUCUACUCUCAAAAUCGGACACAAAUCACUAUGUAACUUUUUAAAAUUAGGGUUUUUGAAUUAAAAUUUGUGAAGCUUGCGUUUUGAUUUUGAUUUAUUUGUUACUCUUUCUUAUUAACCAGCGAAGCAAAUGAAAGACUUUUGAAUUGUGGGAACACAAAGUUGUUGGAGCAUAAUUCAUCUCUUUGAGGUAUGUUGCAGAUUCAACCUUCUGUGUGUUUGUACAAAUUUAUAAAAUAAAAGUUUGUUGUCUCUUGCUGCAUCUAUUGAAUGUUUUUAGAAGAUUUCCAGAAAGCAUUUGUUGCUGCAUCUAUUGAAUGUUGAAUAUUGAAACUCGGAUGGUAACACAUUUUGAAACUUUUUUGCUUGGAGUCUUGUUUUGAUUAGGAAUGUUGAUAUUUUUGAUAGGGUCUUGAAUUUGCUUAUGAGUCUUUUGUUGCUUGUGAAACUGUCUAGUGUUUAUAAUAAUUUCAGGAAGCAUUUGUUGUGUUAUUUCAGGAAAGCCUUCCAGAAAAGUUUGAAAUUUUUUUUUCCUUGUUUACGCAGGAUAGAAACAAGAUGGGAGAUUCAGUACCUCUAAAACUAGCACUGCCAGAGCUGAAGUAUCCUAUUGGUUCACAGCCAAAGCAAAAGUCAGCAAUCAACCAAUAUUCCGGCUCAGAGUAUAUCUCCAUUGUUGACAGCAUCCUAAAACCAGAUGAGAUGAUAAGAGUCCGAGGAUCAUUUCUGGGACCUAUAAUGAAGCUCAGUGAGAGAGGAUUGAAGUUAUCAGCAAAGAUGGUCUACGCCAUUCUCACUAGAAGCAUCGUUUCUGUCAAGGAGAAUGAAGCCUGGUUCCAUUUCGGUGCGCAGCCAAUGAGGUUCUCUAUAAGAGAAUUUCAUAUGAUGACAGGCUUGAAAUGUAGUGGUGCAUUAGAAGGACCACGAAGGGAAACCGAUAGAUUUAAUUGGGAAUUGCUAAAGGGGCGUAGUCAUAAGUUAAGUGACGUGGUGGAACAGCUCAGAAACACAAGAGAAGAUGCUUCUGAGGAGAGAGUAUGCCUCGCAAUGCUCAUCCUGGUAGAGAGCAUAUUAUUGCGGAAGAGCAAAGGAGGGAGUUUUCCUUUGGAAUAUGCGAAAAAUGCACAGGAUAUGACAUAUCCAUGGGGGAAAGAGGCUUACAUUGUGCUCCUGAAGUCAAUUCAAAACGCUGUCGCGAAUCAUUUGGAGAAUAAAUCCAAAUUUGAGUUGCAAGGUUAUCCUCUAGUAUUCCUUCUUUGGAUACUAGAGUCGAUUCCUUUGCUAAGGAAUAAGUUCAGUAAGUGUGUACCAACAGUUGAGGUUCCUGGGCCGACUUACUUGUGUGAAAAAUACACUGAGGUAGAGAAUCCAUCACUUGAUAGGGUUUUACAGGUUGAAGCUGAUACAAAGCUGAAGGUCCAUUGCAUACUACCUUCUAUUCCUCAUGAUCCAGAAGAUGAUAUCUCCAUUGAAGACAAAUAUAGUGACGAGCUGGAAACACUGAAAGAUGUAACAAAGAAAGGGUACAAGCUUACAGCCGAUGACUGGGAAAAUAGGUGUGUAGACACAUUUGAAACAUUGGAUGCUCUUAUUCAAAUGAUGGCAAAUAAGGAGACUGGCCAAGCUUCUACUCCGAUUGAUGAGGAUUCAGUAAAUGAAAAAGUGAACAGGAUCAUCGAGGUAAUGGAGGAGAAUCUGAAGAGCAUGAAGGAUCGAAUGUCAUUACUGGAAGAAGAAAACAUGCAUCUUAGAGCCCGUGUGUCAGAGUUGGAAGGAAACAACAAUGUUUUUCCCACUAACGUGACACAACAGCGAUCCAGUGGGACACCUUUAUCUCCAAUGUCUCACACGCAACCAUCGAGUGAGACGCCUUUAUCUCCAAUGUCUCAACAGCCUAAUUUGACACAUGAGGAGACAAUGAUUGAAUCAGCUGCAUCUCCAAAGUCUCAACAAAAUGAGGAUUACACGCAACCAUCGAGUGAGACGCCUUUAUCUCCAAUGUCUCAACAGCCUAAUUUGACACAUGAGGAGACAAUGAUUGAAUCAGCUGCAUCUCCAAAGUCUCAACAAAAUGAGGAUUACACGCAACCAUCGAGUGAGACGCCUUUAUCUCCAAUGAGACAAUGA